UUCUUCCCCUUGCGGCCUUCAAGUACUGGUGCUAUACUGUACGAGUACUAGUGGUGUUUGGUGCCUCGGCCACCUUCCCCUCUUCCUCCUCUCCCUCCCUCGCGCUGCUCUUCGCUACUCCUUCCCUGUCCCUCCCUCCCCACAUGGGCCCGCGAUUGCUCAUGGCUUGCUACCCAAAUGGCGGUCAGGCUCCCUUCUUUUCAGCCGCUCUAGGGGCUUCUUGCGGGUGCGGCGCUGCGCCUGAACCCACUCGCCUCUGAUCCCCUCCUGCUGCUGCUGCUGCUGCUGCUGCCGCUGCUCUUGCUACGAGCGACGGCGAGAUGCGGCGUCUUGCCUGCGCGCUGGUGCUGCUUCUGGCUUCUCUUCUUGGAUCCACAGGUACUGAUCUGGCGCCUGCUCCUGCGGUUGGUAAUUCGCCUGUCGAUCAAGGACAGGCUUCUAGUCCUCCUGGACCUUCCUCCGCCCUAGGUCCAGUAACUCUUCCAGCAGCACCCCCUUCUUCAUCAGCAAACCCUCCCCUCCAGAAGGGAGCUGUGAGCCCUGCAGUUCCGGCUGAACCACAGGCUGCACCGGCUCCGGUAGCCCCCCCUAAAGGUUAUAAUGCACCUCCUCCGGUUGAGUCUGCGCCGCCUCCGGUCGUGUCUGCGUCUCCUCCAGUUGAGUCUGCGCCACCUCCGGUCGUGUCUGCGUCUCCUCCAGCUGAGUCUGCGCCUCCUCCGGUUGUGUCUGUGUCUCCUCCAGUUGAGCCUGCUCCUCCUCCUGCUGUCACUGAGGGGGUGCCCCCGGCAGCAGCUCCUCCGCCGCAAGCUGCAGCUGGAAACCCCGCACCAAUACUUCCUGGGUCACCUGCAUUGCUACCUUCAGUUCAGGCUCCUACUCCAUCUGUGGCUGUGAAGCCUAAUCUGCCACUAGCACCUCCUGCUUCACUACCUUCAGUUCAGGCUCCGACUCCAUCUGUGGCUGUGAAGCCUAAUGUGCCACUGGCACCUCCUCCUUCAAUACCUUCAGUUCAGGCUCCUGCUCCAUCUGUGGCUUUGAAGCCUAAUGUGCCACUAGUGCCUCCUCCUUCACUAUCUACAGUUCAGGCUCCUACUCCAUCUGUGGCUGUGAAGCCUAAUGUGCCACUAGCGCCUCCGCCUUCUGUGAACAAUCAACCGGUUAGGCCAAUUGGAUCAGGUAAUGAUGUCCCUCCGUAUCCGCCACCUGAAGGCAUUUUCCGGGCAGUUCCUCCUUCCACUUCAGUAGUUCCUCUGGAACAUGUGAAACCUCCAAUUGCGCCACCUAUUAUUGCACAUGCACCUCAACAACAAGCGCAAGCUCCAAAUGCCGAGCAUAACAAUGGAAACACGGUACCCCCAGCAAAUACUUCCCCUCCUGCAAGUGGUAAGAACCAUGACAUUCGACCUGCACCUCCACCAAAGGAACCUAAUACUGCACUGGUUCACAAAUCACCAACUAGAGGGUUUGUGCCUGCAGCUAGUCCUCUGCCCCACAACACAAAUAUGCCUACACUCCCGAGGAAUGCAUCAACGGUUCCACAUGCUCAACCCCCAUCGUUAGGGGUAGCUCCUAAACCAGCACCCACUAGCAGAUCUCAUCCUCCGACACCAACGAAAGGAGAACGUCCAUCAUUUCCCCCAUCUUACCCACCACCCCAUGCUCAAGGUCCUGAGGUCUCGCGAGCUCAACCUCCACAGCAGGUUGGGGCUAAAAGGCAAAAUCAUCAUGCACCACCACCGAUGAUUCAAGGCCAUCCAAACCUCCAUGUGCAUCCUCCAUCUCCUCCACCAGUGUCACCAAAGGGCCCCUCUGAUGGCAGCAAAAGACCUCGUGUUUCUCCUACUCUUCCACCAAUUCCUCCUGAAACAGAACCCAAAGCACCAUCAACUCAUCCUAUUUGGACAUUGCCCCCACCACCACCUAAUUUAGAUUGCAAAUCGUUAGUGUGCCCAGAGCCUCUAACGGAUCCACCCGCGGGAGCUCCAUGUGCUUGUGUUCUACCAAUUAAAGUUGGAAUCCGUUUAAGUGUGGACCUUUAUUCAUUCUUUCCGUUAGUUUCGGAUUUUGCCGACGAAGUGGGAUCUGGGGUACACAUGGCACGGCGGCAGGUUCGUGUUAUGGGUGCAAAUGUGGCUGGCGAUCAACCUGACAAGACAGUAGUUCUUGUGCAUCUGGUACCAAUGCAUGUGAAUUUUGAUAAAGCUACUGCCUUGUCGACAUUUCAAACCUUGUGGAGCAAAAAGAUUUCUCUCAAACCGUCAGUUUUCGGGGACUAUGAGAUUCUCUAUGUUGUCUAUCCAGGGCUUCCUCCUUCUCCACCUUCAGCACCAGCUGGUGCAUUCGGCAACAGCAGAAAUGCAAGGGCAAUGAAGCCCCUGGGGGUUGAUGUAGGAAAACCCAAAAGAAAAGUGAAUGGGAGCGUAAUUGCAAUUGCUGCUCUAUCCACUGUUAUAGCAUUGAUUAUUUGCAUUGUGGCUGCAUGGUUGCUGAUACUCAAAUUCAGGGAUUCAGAUGACAUAGCUCAAGGAUAUCCACAUAGUGCAAUUCCCAAAAUUUCCAGGUCUUCCGGGACAUGUAACACACUUUUAGCUGGUCGCCGUAGUACUCAAUCAGGUCCAUCAAGUUCACUGGGGUCAAGUAUGGCAGCAUACACAGGGCAGGCAAAGACAUUCAAAUUUGCUGAGAUAGAAAAGGCUACGAAUGGCUUUGAUGAUUCGUCGAUACUUGGGGAAGGUGGCUUCGGUUGUGUGUACCAAGGGACACUUGAAGAUGGAACCACAGUUGCGGUAAAGGUUCUGAAAAGAUUUGAUGGCCAAGGUGAACGAGAGUUCUUGGCAGAGGUUGAGAUGCUGGGACGAUUGCAUCACCGAAAUUUGGUCAAGUUGUUGGGCAUAUGCGUAGAGGAGAACGCGCAGUGUCUGGUAUAUGAACUUAUUCCAAAUGGCAGCGUUGAGUCCCAUUUGCAUGGAGCCGAUCGCGAGAUAGCUCCACUUGAUUGGAAUGCACGUAUGAAGAUAGCCCUGGGGGCAGGGCGGGCACUAGCAUAUCUACAUGAAGACUCAAGCCCUUGUGUGAUUCAUCGUGAUUUCAAGUCAAGCAACAUACUGCUAGAGCAUGAUUUCACACCAAAAGUUUCAGACUUUGGACUGGCCAGGACUGCGAGGGGGGAGGGGAACCAGCACAUCUCCACCCGUGUAAUGGGAACAUUCGGUUAUGUUGCACCGGAGUACGCCAUGACGGGCCAUCUUCUUGUCAAGAGUGAUGUAUACAGCUAUGGAGUCGUAUUACUUGAACUUCUCACAGGUAGGAAGCCUGUGGACAUGUCUCAGCCUGCAGGCCAAGAAAGCCUAGUCGCAUGGGCUCGCCCAUAUCUGACAAAUGUGGUGGGCUUGCGUCAAGCUGUUGAUCCACUUCUUGGCCCUAAUGUGCCACUGGACAACGUGGCGAAAGCAGCUGCCAUCGCAUCCAUGUGUGUACAGCCUGAGGUUGCACACCGACCGAGCAUGAGCGAAGUUGUGCAGGCCUUGAAGCUUGUCUGCAGCGAGGGUGAUGAAGGUUUUGGUUCGGGAAGUUUCAGCCAGGAAUUGGCGGCUCGUACGACAGCGGCUCAUGAUGUAACUGGCAUGGAAGCGGAGAGGGUGCUAUUAUCUGAGAUGUUUGGCUCAACACCUGUCUUUACUCCAGCUGCUGAUUCAGGUUCUUUCCGCAUGCAGUCCAGCUCCGGCCCUCUGAUGACAGGCAAGAACAAGAAGUUCUGGCAAAGGAUGCGAAACUUGUCGAGAGGUAGUAUGAGCGAGCAUGGUGCCUCGCCAGAUUUUGAGACACACUCACUGUGUAGCAAUAGGUGAGUUUUUUGUGCUCUGUCCAGCUUCCAGUCUCGACAAGAUGAAUAUUCAGAUGACUGGACAUAAGGAGUUUGAAGACCUAGUUUGUGUACAUUAUGCGUGUGGAGAUAAAGACUAUAUAUAGUUACGGAUCAGCAGAGUAGCAGACCGGAUCAUGGGUUAUGGAUCACCGGAGGCUUGAAUAAGAUUGGCUCAGAUCUGGUUCUUCAUUGAACGGGUUCUGCCGUACUGCUAUGUGGCCAUACACAGAUACGCCUGCCUUCCGAUUUUUACCGCUUCUGUUUUUUCAGCAUGUCAGUUUGAGUUAGUUUGUUUUCCCUUUUGUUUGGUUAGCUGUUUGGUAGGAAUUGUCAAUGUAUAGAUUUUGAGUUUUUUGGACUGCAUUUGGCCAUGUGAAUUUCAGCUUCAUGUACGCUAGCAUUUGCUGCAAUGAAGGUGAUAGCUUCUCAGUGUUGUGAUUAUUUGCUGCUU